AUCGAGAAUAUUAGAUCAAAGGUGAGACGAGGUAGUUUAAUGGACAGCUGCAAUAUUUAAUAUCUUUUUGGCGGAAGAUUUACACAAUUUAGAAACCGAAAGAAAUAUUAUCUCAAUUGCAAACAAGGGAGGAACGAAGCGGAUAUCAUCUUCGAAUUCCCGAACGCAAUACUGUACUAAAUGAACGGUGUUAAUUUAGUUUUUGCGACUGUGUAUUUUCUCAAGAGGGAACUUAAAACUUUUAACUUUAAUCUAUGGCUGCCGUGAACACUAUCGAAGAAGAAAAGAUACCGGAAGCUAUAUUGGUUACGAAUUUAAGCGGCGCAGAACGUGAAACAAGCAGAGGAUCUGAGAAAGAAGGAAUUGAACUGAAAGACCAAAAACCUUCGUCAUUUAAGGACAAACCAAAAUCGUUAACAGAUCGCGCUGAUGGAAAAGAAUCGUCCUUGGGAAUCACAGAGGUACUGAAUGAAGGACUGACACUUAGAAAGAAAACUUCGAAGCUUGACAAAGCGUUUAGCCUAAUUCAAAACAACUCCAUAACUCUUCGAAACCUUGUCGUCGCCGCUGCGACUUACGGCCUCGAGCGACUUCUGAACGCUCAAGUCUUCCACUGUCCUGAAAACAGCUACCAGCAGUAUGGCUUUGCUUUCUUAUUCGGUCCAGUUAUCAUCUUGUUCUGCACGAACCUGCUUGUUAUCGGCGAGAUCUGGAGGCUGUCAUCGCGGAUGUACGUGAAACGAUACAGGAGGCGGGGAGAUUGCAUCGCUCGGCUUCUACCGAGUCUGUUGAAGGGCUGCGUCGGGCCGGCGAUUUGGUUGAUCGCAGCUUUCCUAGAAGAAGAUUAUUAUCUCUGCGCUAAGCUCGGGCCUGUUCCACGGGGUAAAAAUGAAGAAAACGAUCAGGAAAUUUUCGAAAGGAAACAGAAAGUCGAGGAAUGUAAAGGCGAGUCGCAAAUUUGGGCGUGGAGUGUACUAGUCGCACUAGUCAUUCUGGGAACUGCUGUAAUUGUGUGGAAAUACUGUUAUCUCAAAGACAACCUUCUCAUGGACAAUCUGUACGCUUAUGAAAGGCGAGAGGCCCUGAGUGCAAUGAGAGCGUUUACAGAACGCAUGGGAGCUUCAUUUAAGGAUGCUAGUCUCGACAGCGAUCCAAACACGGCUGAAUACGGCGGGGAAGAAGAAAAGGUCACAUUGUAUGACAAUGGAGUUCCAGAAAUGAUAGGAAGGAAAAUAGUGGAGAAAUUAUUUGAAGGUUAUGCAGAUGAUCGAUGGACCGACGGUGAUGAAUGGCACUACAUCAGAGCCUACAAAGCCUUCAAGGAAAUGUAUCCUCGCAUUUCCACCGGGAGUCCCCUGGAUCCUUGGCGACUUGUGCGCGGGGAUGUUCACGAAACGAGCGCCCAAAAGACGUGCCGCUUAAAAUGUCUGCCGACGUGCUUCGAAAUGGAAAGCUCCUGGCAGGAACUGGAACCCCUGCACUUAGAGGCGGUCACCCCAGAGAACGAACGAUUGGCUUCUCGAUCCGAUGAAGCUAGAGAAUCGUCGGUGUGAAAAGCUACUCUGCUGUAAUGUUCCUGAGGCAAGAAACGUUUUUAAUCUUCUAUUGGCCUUGUUACCCGCAUCCUCUCCCCACUGAAUGAGUAAAAAGGGUAUAGCUCAGUGCCAGGGUAUAGCUUAAAAUACAUAAACGCCAAGGAUUGGUUUUUUUUUUUUUUACCUGCUUUAUUGAUUAAAUAUGUACAGUGUACAGUCGUCAGGCAGUUUUCAGAAUGCUGUAUUUGUCCAUUACUCUGUGUUAAUACACGCUUCAUUGGUCGCGGCCGGCUAAGAGAGUUAUUUCUAAUUAACUAAUUACGGUUUAAUAUAAUUUCCAGUCCGUACUGCACACUCUCCAGAGUUUGUUUACGAUUUUUGUACUGAUUCAUGUAAGACGUCACAAAAUGUAACAUUUCGUAACUACCUACAUGAUUUAAAGUUAAAGUUUCAAGUUAACCAACAUUAUGGAUGCGAUGCUUUCUGUUUCGUUCUUUUCUGAUAUCACUUGAUGAAACAACUUCGUUGCUGUAAAAUGCAAAGAAACUGUUGGAAAAAGAAUUCCUAAAGAUAAGGUAAACAGUUCGUACAUAAUAACAUCGAUUCGCAUUUCAUCGAGUGAGACUCACAAACAUUAGAGUGCUGAGACUGCGAGGUACGGACUGAGCCAAAAAUCGUGAUGUGGCAGCUAAAGGCGCUAAUUUUGGCUGUUCAUUGAACGUUAGUGGGUUAACGGUUACCAUGAAGAGCAAUAGACUUUUUGACCCAUAUGUAAUAGUGAUCUCUUAUCAGUGACCCCGGGGAGGAACUCCCUUAUAUGGGCUAUAUAGGUAUGUGCAGCCCUAAAGGGUUUGCCGUUUAGGCUCAGGGAAACCGAACACUGUAUCAGCAAUAACAUAAUCAUUUAUAAUCAUGUAAAAUAAAUGUG